CAGCUCAUUUUCUGCACUUACACAGAGUUUUUACACGGUAGCUAAUGACAAGCCAGGUGCCACCUCUUUGUUUGAGUACAGUAGCCUUGCUAGCCUAGUAAUUAGGAUGCACAAAAUCACCAAGUUCUUUCUCCUGAGAAAGGCAGUAUCUUGUCACAACCCUCAUUUGGCUGAAACUUUCAGAGACAGAACGGGAGAAGUUCUGCCCGAGCGAGUUCCGACUAAACGCUAGAGCAGCCCCCGUCUGUUUUUGACAUUUAUCAGCGUUCUUGCUGCGGAGCAGACGCACACACACUUCUUGCGUUGCUGGCAAAACCCACAGCUUUUGGGGGAAAGAGCGGAAAUAUUUGGCCUCGCAAAACCGCCUGAAACCAGUGGGUUCAGUCAUGAGACCAAACUUGAUUCUGGCACUGUCACUGCUGGCCUGUCUAACCUUUAGCCUCGCGAAAGAACAGAGACGUCCCUCGGUGCAAGGUAAAAGACGAGGUGUCGGACCCAAGCGUGCAAGAAAACAGACAUCAAAUAUCACCUUGCAGCAGGGAAGAACGCCAGAAGGUAAUGGACAGGAUGGAUCCGUUUUCAUGGAGUCUUACAAGAAAACGAAGGAGUCAAAGCCAAACUUCGAAGUGACUGCAGGAAAAUCAGAGAACUGUGUAUUUCGAGGCAUCACCAUGUACGAUCAAACUGCAUGGUCGCCGAAACCAUGCGUGAGUUGCCUGUGCUCCAAGGGUGAGGUGGUCUGUGACCAGAUACUGUGUCCCACUCUACAGUGCCAACUCAAAUUUCAACCAAUGGGAGAGUGCUGUCCAAUUUGCAUUGACCGAGUUCUUGAUGAAUUUUCUGGAGACCCUCCCUCUCCCAACGAUCUGGCUGAUCCAUUUAACGAAAUAUCACACAGCCAAAGAGACAAAGAUAGGCUAAAAAAGGACGAAGAAGAACGUGUCCGCAAAAAAGAUGCUGAACGCAAGCAGAGGAAGAAGCAGAAGAAAGAAGAAGCUGAGAGGCAAAAGAAGUUAAAAGAGGCGAAAGAUGCCAGAGAAAAAGAGGCAGAGCAAAGAAGGCUACGAGAGGAGGAAGAGGAGAAAGCAGCAGCAGAGGAGAGGAAGAAAAAGAUGGAAGAGCAGCGGCGGGCUGAGGAGGAAAGGGCUCGUAGGCUAGAGAUGGAGCAAAGAGAGAUGAUGAGAGCUUUGGAAGAAGCAGCCGAACGAGCCCAAGAAGGACUCCGAGGAGAUGAGGCCACUGAAGAUGAGGACAUUGUUUUGUUAAGAGGGGAUGUUUUUCAAAUGUCACCAGUACAACCAACUAAAGAAGCAAGUCCUCCUCUUCUACCCCUCCCAGAGCCAAGCGAACCAGUCGAGGAGGGCACUGAAACAGGCGAAGAAGAACCAGACGUCAUCGAGGAGGAAUCUGAGAUGGUCACUACAUUGUUGCCUCCAGGUUGCACCAUCUCUGAUGUCAUUGUGACUUGUGAAAAUGCUAAAUUGAUGGGUAUUCCUCCACUGUCCAUACCUGAGCUCAAAUCCCUCAACCUGCAGGGGAACGAAAUCAAAACCAUCCCUGCUGGAGCAUUCAAUGGCAUUCCCAACCUAGAGUGGAUAGACUUGGGGAAAAACAAGAUUCAUUCAUCUGGCAUAGACCCACAAGCAUUUAAAGGUCUUAAACUACUGUCUCGCUUGUACAUGGAUGGAAACCUUCUGGAACAAAUUCCCACCGAACUCCCAUCAACACUCCAGGAGCUAAAGAUAAAUGAGAACAAUCUAAGAGAAAUCGAAGAAAACAGCUUUGAAGGUCUCAGCAGUCUGGUUACUUUGGAAAUGGAGGGGAACUUGCUCAGUGAGGGUAAUGUGAAUCCGCAGGCCUUUAAACCCCUCAAAGAGUUGACUUACCUUCGGCUAAACAGAAACCAUUUCCGUACCAUUCCUCAGGGCCUUCCAGAAUCUCUACUGGAGUUGUACCUCGAAAACAAUCUGAUUGAAGACAUCUCUGAAAUGGCAUUCAACCACACCACAAACAUCAACGUCGUUGUGCUACGACAUAAUAAACUAGAUGAGUCAGGUAUUGCGCCUUUAGCCUGGAUCAAUAACAGGAACCUGGAAUCAAUAGAUCUCUCAUACAACAACUUCUACCUGGUUCCAUCCUUCCUGCCAAAGUCGCUGGUUCACCUGGUUUUGGUUGGGAAUCAGAUUGAACGCAUUCCUGGAUACGUGUUCGCACACAUGGAGCCUGGCCUGGAGUACCUCUACCUCUCUUACAACAAGCUAGACGGAGACGGCGUAGAGCCAGAGUCCUUCUUUGGCACUCUCAACACUAUGACCGAACUCUGUCUAGACCAUAACCACCUUAUGGCUAUUCCAAUGGGAAUUAAUGAGAUGACUGCAUUACAUUUCCUACGACUUAACAACAACAAAAUCAGGCAUGUACCAGAACAGGCCAUCUGUGACCCCUUGAGUGAAGACGACUCUCAUCUUGUUGCCGUUCGCCUCGAGAACAAUUUCAUUGACCCACGGAAAAUCCCACCCACGGCUUUCUCCUGCGUCCGCUCCUACUCCAGUGUUGUUUUAAAGCCUCAGAGGAUUAAGUAGCUGGAAUCUUAUCUGCUAUUAUUAUAAACCACUAAAGACCGUAAGCAAAAACAGAUUUAAGUCCUGCAAAGAUGCAGUUACAACGAAAAUUAUUUUAAAGGGGGGGGGGUUCAAAAAAGAAAACGUUACCACACAAUUCAUACAUUUGAAUCUCUGUCUGGCAUGUCUUGCUUUAUUAGCUUUAAUAAGCUUGAAUUUAGAAGUCUGAUGAGACUGGACUUGAUCACCGCCUCGAGGAUCAUGGCAGAACGCCGUCGUUUUUCUUCACCUGUCUAGACGUGUCUUUAUAGAGUGCAUGGAUCAACUGUACAAUACUUCAAGAGGGGAAAAAGUAACAGACUGUAACUUUAUGAACUAUAUCGAGAUGUAUCUUAUUCUUGUCAUAACAGUAUUAAGUUUGUCUGUCAUAUAGUGAGGAAAAACAGGAUGCAUGUCUUCGUAAAAGAAAGCUGCCAAAAUCAACCUGCUUACAUAUUGCAUUUUUCUACCAAGACAGAACCAAUAAGGACGUUUACUACUGAAUGAACUGUGACGCAUAAUGGAAACAUACCUACAUGGUUCAAGUCAUUUAAAUGACCAUAGAUUUGUAUUUGUGUAGUUUAGAAUUCAAUGUAACUUCAAUAAAACCCAUUUUCCUA